GUCAACAUUUUUUUCUCCCUAUACUUUCAUCCAUGAUGGCGGAGGAUAGCGAAUCCGCAGCCAGCCAGCAGAGCUUGGAAUUAGAUGACCAGGACACAUGCGGGAUUGACGGAGACAACGAGGAAGAAAAUGAACAUAUGCAAGGGAGCCCUGGGGGCGACCUGGGAGCCAAAAAGAAAAAGAAGAAACAGAAGAGGAAGAAAGAGAAACCCAGCUCAGGGGGAGCUAAAUCAGAUUCUGCUUCUGACUCUCAAGAGAUCAAGCAGAACCCAGCCAUACCCAUGCAGAAGCUGCAGGACAUCCAGAGGGCCAUGGAGCUGUUGAGCACCUGCCAAGGCCCAGCCAAGAACAUUGAUGACGCCAGCAAGCACAAGUACCAGUUCUGGGACACACAACCUGUUCCUAAACUCAAUGAGGUGGUGACGACCCACGGGCCCAUCGAGCCGGACAAGGAGAACAUCAGGCAGGAGCCAUACUCCCUCCCGCAAGGCUUCAUGUGGGAUACACUGGACCUCAGCAAUAGUGAAGUGCUGAAGGAGUUGUAUACCUUGCUGAAUGAGAACUAUGUGGAGGACGACGAUAACAUGUUCCGAUUUGACUACUCCCCUAACUUUUUGAAAUGGGCUUUGAGGCCCCCUGGUUGGCUCUCUCAGUGGCACUGCGGGGUGAGGGUCUCCUCCAAUAAAAAGCUGGUGGGUUUCAUCAGUGCCAUCCCCGCUGAUAUCCACAUUUACGACACGUUAAAGAGGAUGGUGGAGAUCAAUUUCUUGUGCGUGCAUAAAAAGUUGCGCUCGAAGCGAGUAGCUCCAGUGCUGAUCCGUGAGAUCACACGACGGGUGAACCUGGAGGGAAUAUUCCAGGCCGUGUACACGGCUGGUGUUGUUUUGCCCAAACCCGUAUCCACCUGCAGAUACUGGCAUCGUUCUCUGAACCCCAGGAAGCUGGUGGAGGUGAAGUUCUCUCACCUUAGCAGAAACAUGACGUUACAGAGAACCAUGAAGCUCUACAGGCUACCAGAUAGCACGCGCACGCCUGGUCUGAGGCGCAUGGUGGAGGCGGAUAUGACUCAGGUGACCGCCCUUCUGCAGAAGCACCUGAGUCAGUUCCACCUGAGGCCAGUCAUGCGGGAGGAAGAGGUGCACCACUGGUUCUUACCGCAGGAGAAUAUUAUCGACACAUUCGUGGUGGAGAGUCCUGACGGAGUUCUGACAGACUUCACCAGUUUCUACACCCUCCCCUCGACGGUGAUGCACCACCCACAGCACAAGAGUCUCAAGGCAGCCUACUCGUUCUACAACGUCCACACACAGACUCCCCUCAUCGACCUGAUGAACGAUGCCCUCAUUUUGGCCAAACUGAAAGGCUUUGAUGUGUUCAAUGCUCUGGAUCUAAUGGAGAACAAGACUUUCCUGGAGAAGCUCAAGUUUGGCAUUGGAGACGGCAACCUGCAGUAUUAUCUCUUCAACUGGAAGUGCCCCCCAAUGGAGCCAGAGAAGGUUGGACUGGUUCUACAGUAAGACGACACCCAGAGGGCCACUACCACGUCUCCAUCUGACCUUGAUGCUGAGGGUAGUCCUCAGGAACAACAAAAAGAUGACAAGAAACUCAAACCUGUCAAAGCUGAACGAUAAGACUUUAAGCUGCUCUUGCGAUCAUCACCUGAGGACGCUCCUUCUCCUCCUCUUUAUCCUGAAUGUGAAUGGCACCAUCCAUGAAAAAGUGGCUCAUACAAAAACAAGAUAUCUCUCCAUCCUGACUAUACACAGUACCAACUUUUAACUCCUGUCAACUGUGCACAAACACACACGCACACGCACACACACACAUACACACACUUUCCAUUCAACGUGUUUUCAUGCUUACUAUCAAAUAAUACAGUGGUCUACCUGCAUACACAAAUCAUAGGAGGGAAUUGUGUAUGACAUUGUUGAGAAAUGUUUUAUUUUGUUUGUAUGUUUGUUUCAUUAUUUUGUACAGUUAAGGUGCAUCAGUAUUUGACAAAAGCAAACAUUUAGAACUCUGUACAUUUACUGGCAGAUAUUUAUUAUCCGUUGUGUUCUGUGGGAUGGGAGGGGAACGGUUACAAUCCCAAAGUUUGUUUUUUGUGAUGUUUUCUUUUCUCCAAGCAGAGCCUCUGUUGGUGCAGCUUAAUUGUGAGUUUGCAUUGGGAAGAGGAACUACUAGGGGGUGGGAGGUAACAUGGGUAUUUUCAAGGAAGAAUGUAUUUUGCAUUUUUGAAGCACAACCUAAACAUAAAUGAACAGAAUGCUCUGUGGUGCAUUGUUUUUUUUUAUUUUGUUUUUUUAUGUCAUUUUGCUGUGCAAGUUUGAGUGGAGUGUUUGAGUUGUGAGGAGACAAUAUUCUAGACCUGUUAAAAUUAUGUCUGCAUAAUUUAGCAGGGGAAGCUUGCAGGUAGAUUAUCCUCAACACAAACGAUAUUCCUGACAAUGCUGAUAGUAUUUUCUGUUCAAGUUAUAGUAUGUUUUUAUUAUGUUCCUGACAGUAUUUGUCUUUUUUAUUUUUUAAAUAAAAGCAAGAACAAGGAAAAAGAGAUGUUUAUAAAAAGGUACCCACUUGUUCUGAUACCAUCAAUAUUGUGAAGAGAAUUCAGCACAUGGUGCAAAGCCAUUCUCUAUCACAGAAACAGUGAUUGUUUAAAAAAAAAGCAAAAAAAAACAACCCAUUGUGAAUUCUUACCUUACACUUAAAAAAAAAAAAAAAAAAAGAUCAUAAAUGGCCUGGGUGACCAAAAAAAGCAUGGUUUAUGACCAAUUUAGUCAAAGAAAAAUUACAACUUUUACAUGACUUGCUUUAAUUUUUUUUUCUUUUUCCAGUGAAAUUGAGCAGUGUUAAAAUGUAUACAAUCCAACCAGAUGACCUACGAAAUUGUCUACGGUACUAUUGUUGUAAUAUCUUGCAAUAGAAGCACCUUGCGGACGUCUUACUGCUCUGGGAUGCUCUUCUGAAGCCUGGUUGUAUGCGCAUGCACGUGAGCCAUGUUUGUACGUGUUGUGGUUCGAAUGCCCAGAAAUUGGAGCCGCUUUGACAACACCCAAAGUACUUGCCUUAUUUUAGAGGUUUUCUUUUUUCUUUUUUUUUUUUUUUUAAUAAUAUGAAAUGUGUAGUUUUGAAAUGCUCAGCUUUCUCUUUCUGAAAACAAUAUUUUUAUUGAGCUCCAUUGCAAAUUGUUUAAGAAAUUGAUAAAUUACCAGCACCAUGAGUACAUGACGAUCAUCCAACUAUGGGAAUUCUUUUAAUUAUAGUACACAGUGGAUUA